AUGAGCGUCGUGGAGGUGACCGUGACGAGCGCCGAGCUGGCGAACGGGAGCGCGAUCGUCGUGGAGGUGGGCGUCGCGCCGAGCCUCGGGCAGAUGGAUCUGAUCCAACGUCUCGUGGCCAACCUGUUCGGAGCGCCCCCGGCCUCCAUCGAGGCCAAUAUGCCGGCGCUUCUCUCGAGGUUGGUCACGACCAGCAUCCAGUCCAUGCAGGAGUCGCUACAGGCGGGCAUCACCCAGUCGAUACAGUCACAGUUGGCACCAGCACAUCAGAAGCAGUCGGGGCUCACGAGGCAGCUCCACGUCCACCGCGAGCAGUCCAACACGCUUGAAAAGGAGUCAAAAAUCAGGAAAUCUGUCAAACAUAUGGAGGAAAUUCUCUCGAUGGCCGAGUCAAAAAUCCCCGCCUUCACGCUGCAGCAGCUCGCGGGGUGGGAUCUCCCGCCCGAGUCCACGGUUUUCUCGUGCGGCAUGCCGUCGACCUUCACGAGGGCGCCAUCGCAGCUGCGCCUUCUUGCUGACCAUCCGCAGCAACUGCAGGAUCGCAUCGCGCCAUCGUGCCUGGCCGAGUUCAACUUGUCCACUAAACGUCUUGCCACGGGCAAUGCCUUGCGCAUCAUGAGCGUCCACAUCUUCGACCUCUUCCAGCAGCGGCCGGCGCGGGCCGCGGGCGCGCGGCAUUAUGAAUUAUGGCGCACGCUGAGCGGCCAGGACAUGUUCGACGACCAGAUGGUUGAGGUCACGAGCGAGAUGCCAACUCGCUACACGAUGGCAGCUGAGACGGCCACGCGCUUCAAUCGGGCCCUCGAUUCCUCGCCCGCCCAAAACCUCUGGCAGCUUCUUUGUGAUUUCGGCGUGCGCCGAGGGGCUAUCAACUGUGCCGAUUGGCGCCCGAGUGAUCACGCAGCCGCGGUCUUGCGCUCGCUGCCGCGGAUUGCCGUCGGGCGAGACGAACAGAUCGCCCAGCGGCACAUCUUCAAGGGCCCGAUGUACGCCCCGACGCCGGGCACCUCGAUGGGCCCCCUGGACUUGCCCCUGGCCCCGAACAGAGCCCGCGCGAUGCCCGCCGCGCCGCCCGCGGACCUCGCGAUCCUCAGUAUGGAGCAGUUGCGCGCCGCUUUUCGCCGGGCGAGGUUGUCCGCGCUAGGGCCUGACGGGCCACCCGCGGAGGCGCGGCCCCCGUGCCCCCGCGCAGCGGACAACGUCAACCCGGCGAUGCUGAAGCUGUUCGAGGGCUCGAUCGCGGCGCCCGGCCUGAACGCCAGCGGUUUUGCUUUCCGGCCGCUGGACCUCAAGAGCCGGGACUCGAAGGCCAUUUCCUCGGCCGCCAGCUGGAAUCUCAGGCGCGCGGCUGAGUCGGCCACCAGCGAGGCGCAGCAAGGCCUCGUCUCGUGGUGCGUUGAGUUCGGUGAUCUUGCCUUGCCCGCCGACGUCGCGGCCGCGCUGUGCAACUCGUCGGUUUUGUUCCGCGCGUCGCACGCGGUGCAGCUUCACCCCGUCAGCGACGCCACGGGGGAGAAAGAGCUGCGGGGCCUGCGCAAUGUUUCGUCACAUUCCGAUCCUCGCAGCGAGCUGCCCAGCCGCUGCGGGCCCUCGGGCCGCCUCGCGCUGGGCGUCGCGGGCAGACGGAUCGUCGACAAGCCGGGCACCAUCGCAAGGCGAUUCCAGGAGCAGUUCGACGGGCAGACCGUCCAGCUGCGAGUCCUCGACACCAAGCAGCCGCUCAUCACCGCCGCGGGCUUCGGGCGCGAUGGCGACGCCACCGUGAUUCGAGCGGCGUCGGCGAAGCUUGCCAUCCUUGAUGCAGUCGACCAGGUGCUGUCCGACUGGAUCGCCUCAGUCGGUGCGCAGGCCGACUGCUUCGACAUUUGGUCUCCCAUCCAAGUCGGCAAGUUUGGCGGUUCACCCGGCAACGUCGCGACCGAGCGAUCAUGGGCCGACAACGCUGUCGUCGAGCUGGGCCUCGACAAGGCGGCGCUCGCCGCCGCUGCAAAGGCGCGCGACAAGGUCAAGCCCAGCUACGCCAAGAGGCUCGACCUCACGAGGGGCAUUGCGCGUCUUCAGAGCCGCGCCAGGCGCUCCCGUUCCGCGUCGAUUCUCGAUAGUUUGUGGGUGAGUUGGCUUGGCUGGGUUCUCGCGCAGCUCGCGUCGGAGCCCACGGUCACUGACGCGUUUGAGGUCCUUGCCGACAGGCUCAUCAGCGACCACGCAGCACACGGGGUGAAGUUCACUCAGCGGCGUCUCAAGCCGCGUGGCGCUCAGAGGAUCCCUCGGCACAUCUUCGAGUCCUCACUUCCAGAGGCUGCUGCGCGACGUCUCCUCUCAGCUCGACUACGCGUCGCUGUCGCCGCCGACGCACAUGAGCUUCACAAGUGGGUGAUUCUAGAGGCGGCCAGGGAAGUGCGCGACAGGGCCUUCAUCGCGGACCCCGAGUCCAUCAUCCCGCUUUUCCUGUUCGCCUGGCCACUGCUUGCCAGGCAGACUGCUCGCGCUGCGCGGCGCAACGACGUCGACUUGGCCUGCAUCUCGCAGCACGUGCCCAAGCUCGACUUCGACGAAGUUUCCCCGCCCUCGCCGGCGCUCCUGCGGCAGCUGGCCGCCAAAAUGCAUUACUCCGAGUCCGGCCUCGCCUCUAUCCUGUACUCUGCAUGGGCUGCCUCGGAGGCGGGCCUCGCGGUGCUGUCGGAAGUUUUGAUGCGAGCCAUGCGCGGACUUGUUUCGGCCCCGGGGCUGCGGAAGACCGACGUCAAGCUGAUCAGCGCGACGAUCAACUUGCAGCUAGUGGACUUUGGCGCGGCCUUCCUGGGCCUCUACCAGGAGUUCAUGCGCACGGUGUUCGCGCAGAUAGGUGCCCCCUUCGCUUUCCUUUCCGUUCUGGACCAGCUGCGCCUCAUCCUGGAGGCCGUCGCCAUGCUCAAGGCGGUCAGCACCCUGGUUGACCUCGGCCUCGUUCUCGGCCCUGCGGCGGACGACGGCUCAUGCUGGCAAGCCCCCUGCUUGAAGGUCAAGAUUCGCUGGCUUCUACGCCCAGCGCUCGUCGCCCUCUUGCGCUCUUUCGCCGCGGCCCAGUAUAAGCACGUUGGCGUGGGCUCUACGCGCCCAGAGAUCACGGAGGUGCAACCUAUCCGGAAUACCAUCAACAACCACGAACGUCGGUUCAGCGAGAUGAGCGGGACCAUCGACGCCAGGAUCGAGGAAGUGGAGGAGAACACCGAGGACAUCGCCAUCCGCUUGACCAACCUUGAGAAUCGAGCCACCGAAUGGUCCGACGCCGCGGCCACCCCCCUGAGCGAAUUUCAAAACGCGGGCGGCCUAGACGCGUCGCCUUCAUUCUGCGCGGCCCGGAACGCGCUUUUUGGAUCGAAGCGCUUUCUCAAGAGCGAGCUGACCAACAAGUGCCAGAUGCAGAUCACCACCAACGGCGGCGAGGGCAUCGUGCUCGAGCCGUACCCGGUCCAGCUCGCAUCGCCCUUCAAGUCGGAGCGGGAGGCGGAGGAGCAGUGCGAGCACUACGGCGCUGCGCUGUGUGGCGGGAUCACGUGCUGGAGCACCAGGGCCUCCGGGCGGGCCUGCACGCUGGUACUGCCAGGGGCCCGGCGGAUACAGGUGGAGCGGGCGGACUCCGCGGAGAGCCGGCGCCUCCUUGGGUGCACGAACUCCAGCGGGCUGCGGUGGCUCACGCGCGCCGCGAUGGAGUCCGCCUCCGUCCAGUACGCGACGGAGCACACGUUCUUCGCGGCGAGCUUCCUGGCGGCCAUGGCCCACAGCCUGGUGCGCCUGGGCGGCGGGGGCCGCCCCGGCCCCGCGGAGCUCCGCGCGCUGGCGCGGCGGUCGGCGUCGGGCCUCGCGCCGCGCGCGCGGAGGUUCAUGGGCAGGGUGCUCGACGCGGUGGAGCGCAAGCUGGCGGAAGCGUCCGCGGGUGGGCCUGGCUGGGGGGACGACCCCCUCGAGGCGGACGACCUCGCCAUCGCGUCCUUCAGGUUCACGGCGGCGGGGCUGCCUGAGUACGCGGCCUACCCGUGCGACUCGUCCGACUGCGGGUAUUGGGGCCACAGCGGCAAGGCCUCGCCCACGGUCCCGGCGCUCGUGGCCGUCCUGUACCUGCUCCUGCGCUACGCUGACAGGCCCCUGCAGGAGCUCCUGGCCGCCAACGCCAUGCUGGGCGGCGACACUGCCGCGCGCGCCGUGCCCCUCGGCAUGCUCGCCGGGGCCGCGCAGGGCUCGGAGGCGCUGCCGCAGGGCCUGCUGGGGCAGCUGCGGUCCGCCCCCCGCGUGGCGGAGCGGCUGCGGAGGCUGUGA